AUAUCUCUUUGCCUUGUAUUCUACAUCCUAUCUGCCAUUUAGAUCGUGUUUGUUAUCGUAGGCGUUAGUCUGGAUCGCUAAUCCUUCCUAGAUUUUUGCCAACGAUCUAGAAAUUAGGGUUUCUUUGUUGAAUGACAUCAGCAGUGUUUCAGGGGAAUGUCUUCGUGAAAGACAGCGUUCCUUCCCCAAUUUUAACUGGCGGAUCUAGAGACAAGAAUGGGGUUUUUUUUCACGAGAUUUAUAGCAUUUUUUUGGGGGAGAGAUUUAUAGCAUUUUUUUGGGGGAGAGAUUUACAGCAUUUCUCCAUCAAUAGGUUGCUGACUCUGGCCUGCGACAAUGUCUUCUCCAGAAAAUAUUAGACAAGAAUACGAGCACGCUCUGGAGCAGCAUGUACCACUCAUAUAUGGUCUUCCUGACGACCUUGCCAUUCUUUGCUUAUCAAAGGUCCCUCGGCAAUUUCAUCAUGUUCUUAGAUGUGUUUCUAAGAGGUGGAGUGCUUUGCUCUGCAGUAAGGAGUUUAGUUCUUGUCGUUCUAGGCAGAAUCUGAGGGAAACCUGGAUUUAUGCAAUGUGUGUAAACAAAUACAGAGUCAACUGCUGUUAUGUAUUGAAUCCAUAUCCUUCAAGCAAGCAUUGGAAGCUUCUCCAACGCAUCCCAUCUGAAUGUAUGGGCCGGGAGGGCAUGUCUUUUGAAGCUUUAGGAAAUAAACUUUUUUUGUUAGGUGGCUGUAGUUGCCAAGAAAAUCCCACAAAUGAUGUAUAUAGUUAUGAUACUUCUACAGAGAAAUGGGAGAAAGCUGCUAGAAUGCCAACUGCAAGGUGCUACUUUUUGUCAGCAGCUCUAGGCAAUAAAAUAUAUGUUACUGGUGGCCUUGGCCUGAGCUCGGAUGCUUCCAACUCCUGGGACAUCUAUGACUACCACUCAAACAACUGGAACUCUUAUGAAGAUACAUCUCUCAUCCCUGACAUUGUCAAGUCCUUCAUUUUUGAAGGCAAGGUAUACACCAUUCAUAACACAUGGAUUGAUAGGCAGUUCGCUCGCGCCUACGACCCCUCAAGCAGAAAAUGGGAAGAUGCAAAUCAACAGAUGUCUUCGUGCGCUCGCGGCCCGACCGUUGUCGUUCAAGAUACUCUCUACAUGUUAGACGAGACUUACGGCACGAGGCUUAUGAUGUGGCAAAAUGAAGCGAAGGAAUGGGUCCCUUUGGGUAGACUGGCACAGAUGCUCACAAAGCCUCCAUGUCAGCUUGUAGCUGUUGGGACUUGUAUUUUCAUAGUAGGGCAGAAGCUGAGUACAGUUGUGGUUGAUAUGGAGAAGGCGACACAGGUAGAAGGGGUGCUGGUUGGUUCUUCAUUAGUACCUAAACUUGAUAAUGAUCUUUCAGUUAUUAGCUGCAAAACUAUUGCCAUUUGAGGUGUAGAUCUUUAAAUGCUACAACUUUCAUGUCUUGCAAUGUAUGGAUAGAGUUGAAAUGUUGUUUUGGAAACAAACUAUCAGUUGUGGUUUGAAAGAUAAAUGCAGAAUGGUUUGAUUUCAGUAA